AAAAUUCAGGUCAAAUCUGUGCGCAGUGUUUCUAAAUCUUUGUACGCUAUUAUCCCCAUAAUUUGCUUUUCUCAGGAGGAAAAUGGCCGGGAGGGGUGCUAAUUCGUUGUGGAUGGGGGACAUUGACCAGUACAUGGACGAGAGGGUGAUAGCAGAAGCUUUCAGUAUGAUGGGGGAGCAUGUAAUGUCAAUCAAACUUCUCAAAGAUUUCAAAACAGGGCAGAACAGGAAUUACUGUUUUGUUGAGUUGACAAGCAAGGAAGCAGUAGCUCUCGCCCUAAGAAAACUGAUCGGUUUGCCGCUACCAAACUAUCCUGCAAAGCGGUUCAAGUUGAACUAUUCUCUCCGUGACCAGAACACGAUGCCCUUCCCACAACCAGGAGGACAGGGAGCCCCUGGUCCUUCUGCCCAUGUCCCUUACAGCAAGGAGUACUCUAUCUAUGUUGGAGGCCUCAACACCAGCACAACAGACGAAGAAUUAUUAGCUCUUUUUGCUCACUACAAAUCUAUCAAGGAAGCAAAGAUCGUCCGAGAUGAAGGUACGAGGUCAAAGGGCUUUGGCUUUGUCCGUUUCUUCAACGAGAUGGACCAAGAAAACGCUAUCAUGCAGAUGAAUGGAGCUGUAGGGCCCAUGGGUGUUACAUUGAAGGUAGACAAGGCCAUGCCAAAAAGAGAGAUCAAUGUGUCUGGAGGGGGUGGUCCGAUGCCCAUGUCGACGGGGGCGGCUGUCGCAGCCCUGGCUUCACAGUACGCUCAGAACGCUCAGCAGUACCCCUACCAGAGUGGGGUCGAUCCCUACGCAGCUUACCCUCAGAUGGCCCAGCAGCAGCAGGCUUAUCAGCCACACCACCAACCACAGGUCCAGCAAGCACCACAUGCCACACCGGCACCACAGACACAGACACCGCAACCUGUUGCACAACCUCCUGCAGCAAAGACUGAAGACGAGGAUGAGGUGUUGGAAGAUCACAGUGCCCCAGUCAAUAUGGUGGCCACAAACCUAGCCUAUAUUCAAGCCAACCAAGAUUUCUACAAGAAGCUUGCCGAGUCUCGCUGGCAUCCUGUCACUUCGUACACAGCCACGUUAGAAGAAGUCUGCAAGUAGAGGGCGCUAGUAACUAUCCCCAUAAACAGCCUCUGAUUCUCAUCUUUAAUUAAUCCAAGACUGUACACAGGGUUAAUUGGAUUAGAGAAAGUUACAAUAAGUACAUUUCAAAAGGAAUACUAGGGAGGGGUGUGGGGGGGAUUAUCAAUAUCUGUGAGAUAUAAAAGUCAGCAACUUAUUGUUUGCUACCCCCAAAAGGUGCAACAAAUGGCACCUUUUUUGUUUACUUAAAAAAAACAAUUUGGGGGAAUUACUUUCUAACUCUUUACUUGUUUGGGUCGACCCAUGGGACAAACAGUGUGGACUGUCAUAAUCAACUGUUAUCACACAUAACUAUGAAGUAUUUGAAUAUCAGCCCGCUUAUUAUUUCUUACUUUGAAAGGUGCAAGUAAUGACAAUUUCGUUUUUAUUGUUCUAAGAUGAAGAUAGAGUAUUGGGAAACCAAUUAUUUAAUAUGUACAGACUUUGGUUGACAAAUGGCACAAACAUUGGACUGCUGCAGUUGACCUUUACCACACAAGCAGUCUGCAUGUAAAUUAAUACACAAUACAAUAUGGCUGUCUAGCUUUCAACCUAACAGGCUAAGGCAAAUAAAAGAGUUAAACAAGAGUUAAACAGAGUCCCAAACACUACAUUCCGUUCCAAGUAAAUGGGAUAAAUUUGUUGAAUCAUGCUUGACAAGCUACAGGCAUGUAUGUCAUGACCAUUUGGAGCUUUUAUUUUUCUCUUGUUUUAAUCAGUGAGACAAAAUUUGUUCCAUGUAUGCUGUAUGUUGUAUAUACCAUUUUCAUAGUUUUUCUUAAUAAAAACUGUUGUUUGUAAAUACACUGAA